GUGUUUCCAGAGCGUGUGGUGCAGCAGUCGGCUGUCUUGAUCUCGAGAAUCAACAUUGGGCUGAGAGCUGCGAACAUCAGUGUGCAGUCAGCAGCGUUCCAAGCGCCACAGACCAUCACCAGAGAAAGGCUGCAAGAGAUCAAGUGUGGAGGAGAUGGCGAUGGUGGAGGCGGUUGUUACGGCGGCGGCGGCGGGUAUGGUGGCGACGACGGUGGCUUUGAUGGUGACGACGGUGGCUUCGGUGGUGACGACGGUGGCUUCGAUGGUGACGACGGUGGCUUCGGUGGUGACGACGGCGACGCUGGUGACGACAACGGAGAUCAAGACGGUGGUGACGGCAAUGGUGACGACAGUGGCAACCAG